UCUGUGGUAAGUUUGGAUUCCGGUGGGCCGAUUUUCCGAUUUUUAAAAUGUCGGAGAAGUCGGAGGAGAACCGAGUCAAGUCAUGGUGAUAUGAUAUCAGUUUACAAACAAAAACUAAAGUGUUUCUUUCUAUGGGAGUUUUAAAUGAUUGCAUGAAUUAGUAAGGUACCGAAGGUUAUAAAAUAAAUAUGUCUGCACUUCAGAAGAGUAUAAUGAAAAAUAAAUUACCGCCAAGGGUUCCCAGAACUUCUGGUGUCUCCAAGAUGGCCCCAUUUGGAGCAGGUCGCCGUAAGGACUACACGCCAGUAUCAUGGAAGCAGUAUUUCCAUCAAAGUGUGGAUGUGACAAUAAAUGCUGGCACCUUCAGAGUGUACUUAUCUCCAGAACCUGAUCAUCCAGACAGACCUAGGAUAGUGACCUUGCAUGGAGGUGGAUAUUCAGGGCUUAGCUGGUCCUUGUUCACAGAGGAGAUAACAAGCAUGGUCCAUUGCCAAGUUGUGUCCAUUGACAUCAGAGGCCAUGGAGAGACCAAAGUGGAGAACUGCGAUGACCUCAGCAUUGAGACACUUGUACAUGAUGUAGAGCAAGUCCUUCACAAGCUGUUCCAUGAGGGCAUCCCUCCUUUAGUACUGGUGGGGCACUCAAUGGGAGGUGCAGUGGCAGUGCGGGUGGCCCUGCAGCCCUCACUGGAGCACUGCAUACAGGGCAUCGCUGUUAUUGACGUGGUUGAAGGCACAGCAAUGGAUGCUCUGGCCAGUAUGCAGAGCUUCCUGCGGAGUAGACCUACACACUUCAAGAGUAUUGAGCAUGCCAUAGAGUGGUGUGUCCGAAGUGGUCAAGUACGAAAUGUGGAUUCGGCGAGAGUGUCGAUGCCCAGUCAGAUUAUUAAUUGCGAGACCGGUAAACUGGCUAUCAAUGAAGUUGAGAGCUAUACAUCUGUAUCCGACGAGUCUGUCCCAACUCCAACAAGGCAUGCUCCUCUAGCUGACCGGAUUGCUGAGGAAUCUGACGGUGAAGCUGAUGGGGAAUCCGAGUCUGGCUCAGAGACUAUCGUUGAACAAUUUGUGAAGCCUUCUGCGGUGGGAGACGGAGCUUCUAGUAUGAAAUACAAAUGGCGCAUAGAGUUGUCUCGCACGGAGCGCCACUGGUCGGGCUGGUUCCGCGGUCUGUCGGGCGCCUUCCUCAGCGUGCGCGCGCCCAGACUGCUACUGCUCGCCUCUAUCGAUGGACUCGAUAGAGAACUCACUGUCGGACAAAUGCAAGGUAAAUUCCAAAUGCAAGUACUGACGAGGUGUGGACAUGCGGUGCACGAAGAUACACCUGGGGAGGUGGCGCGCGUAGUAGCAGCCUUCGCCCUCCGCCACCGUCUGACGUCCCCCACGGAGCUGGGCGCCGACAUGCAACUACUGCACUCUGUGCCCGGCUGCUGAACUGUAAAUACCGGUACUUACUCAGUCAAUAAGAGACCUUAGUACUAAACUAAGCGAAACGAGACCGCGAUCGACGCUCUGAUUGGUUGCUUCAUUGGAGCCGGCCAAUCAGAGCGUCGACCGCGGUCUCGUUUCGGUCGCGUUAAACGUAAUACAAAUUUGUACUAAGCCCUCUGUACGUGAAACAUGUUUAUUGAACCCCCUAGUUUCUGAAAUAUGUGAUUGGGUACUUUCCUUAUUCAAAAAUAAAUUACUUCGACUGUUCAAUACAAUCAAAUAUU